AUGGGGACGAAAAGCUCGGCACAAAUUCCAGAACAAUCUACAGUUGUGGAUGUGGGGGAGGCGGCAAAGAAAAAAACAAUCAAGAGAAUACUGGAGGCAUGGAAGGUCAACAGCAUUGACGACAUUCUUCCCGGGUAUAUGAAAUCCGACCUACUUGGACAAACCGCGAUCAUUCACUUGAGGAUCAUCUCUAACAAAGUCAACCUUACCGUUGCCAGAGCACUCUUAACUUCAGAGUGCGGAGGUGGACAAGUGACAUUCAAAACUUUGAAAAGAAUCAACCAAAAGCUCUCUGAGACAGCUGAUAUGGAGGAAGCAAAACCUGUCAGUAAAACGAAGUCUCACCCAAGCUCUGCAUCAAAACUACCUCGAACUGGAACUCCUUUAUCAAAGAAAGGAACCUCGAAGCACAAGGUUAUGAGCCCAGAAGUCUUCGCAACCCGUCGACCAAAACAGAGCAACAAAGAGGCUACUUUAGGAACUUCUUCCGGAGAAUCGCCUGAAAAGUCAAUUUUUAUCGCGGAGUAUACUGAAGUAUGCAAGGAAGACCCUAAUAUUCAAUCUCGCACGCCUACUAAGAGUAGGGGCGACGCUACAAGAUAUCUCACUGGAGCUAGUAAAACCGAAAUCAAUCAUGCCAUUUCGAAUUCCGUGCCGAGUAGGAAACGUUCUACACAGGUAGAUGUUUCUCACAACACACACAAGAAUGCAGAAAACACACCCACUACAAAUAUCAAGACGACUGCUACGCCUGCGGAUAAGAGACUUUUGAGAGACUUAUUUGGAACUAGCAGCCCAGCGACAGCUUUGUCCCCAGACUCUACUCCAAGCAAAUCGUCCACCUCGAAUAGUGUACUGAGCAAAGAGUUACCUGGAUCAGGCGAGACUGAAAAAGUCACUUCUUUUGAUCUCGACAAAGUUACUAGUGACCAGACGGCUGGAAUGGUAGAGACUAUAAGCACCGCAAAGACUGUCGGCACAGUAAAGACGGAUUCGACGCCAAAACCCACGACGAGCGCUGUUCCUGAGGCUAACGCUCAAAUCUCGAACAUACUAGAAAAUGAAGAUACGAAUACUGCCCUAAACCAAGAGAAUAAAGGAUUGUCCAAGCUCCCUAAAGAGACCGAGAAAGGUAUAAACCAUGAAGUAGAAGACGCCCCUAAUAGCCUCAGCCUGGACCCGUACGAAUCAGGCUUCAAUCUUCUCAACCAAAGAAUGGCAGAAUAUUGCGCUCAGAAUCCUACACCUGACUGUACAAAGCAAGAACAUUCAGUCAAGAUUCCUCAACCAGCAGAGGAUGCCACCGAUACCAUCACAGUAAACCCAGAGCUUUUUAUACCUCAAAAACGGAAAUCAACGAGUCCGCCACCGAGCGACCGUAAGGCCAAGGUCCCACGUACCGAGUUUGUCGUUCCUGAAGCUAAGAUGACGGCUUCACCUUCGCCUAUGAGAACAAGCACAAAGGUUUCAUCUUCCAGUGGAUCUACCAAACAAAUCGAGGAGCAUUCAGAUACCGCCGAGGAUUCAAAGGAGAUUUUGUCUAUCCGUAAAAUGCUUAGCAGCGUCAAUGAAUUACUGAGAACUACCAAGAAGGAAGCUGUUAAAAGCGAACUCAAUAUCGUGUUGUCUGCUACGAGUAGACAUCUUGAAGUCGACAUCAAUAGUAUACUCAAGAAACACGGUAUCCUCAUAAGAAAACAAAAGAAGCUCGUCUUGUAG